AGUACAAUGUUACUUUUCUUUUGAAUCGUGUGACCGCCGCCAAGAACACACACACACACACACACACACACGACUCAAAGCCUGAUCUGAAGUGAUUGUGGCGUGCCGAGUGAGUUCCCCUCCGGGGCCAAUUGGGUCUCAACUAUGUUCCCUGGUAAUGGCAUCCAUCCUCCCCUUCCUUCUCUUUCCCUUCUCGUUGCUCACGGUUUACACAACAUCUAACCACAUUGGUUCUCCUUGGCAUUCCCUCUUUUUUCUGCCACCCACCCACCCUGCAUGGAAACUUGUUAUUUUGUUAAUUUGAAUGGAUCGAGGGCUGCAAAUUAUUCCCCACUAGAGGUCGCACCGACGGUUAGGAGGGCUCCUUGUUGUAUACUUAUCCCUCCGUUCGUCGCGUGGCCAUGCCUCUUCAUCGUUUAACGAUCCGUGUUAUUCUUUUCCCCUUAUAAAUCAGAAUGAUCACCUUAAAUCUUCUAAUUAAAGACGGCGACAUCCUUCUACUUUCCUUCUAUUUGUUUUCUUCCUAUUUUUCUAGAGGUACAGCGCUUGUUCUAAACUAAUAUAAGCGUUGCGCUUGUGCCCUCCUCUUUUCUUUCUUUUCUACUGAUUACAUGAGUCUUUAAUUCUGUUCUUGCACACCAGGUCGCCUCUGAUUGCGUCCCUGGUGGUAGCAAGUCUUGCCACUGGAAAUGAACAAUGUAAUUGCGACGGAUAUGUUAGAGUUUGGAAGGAGCCAGCGAAGCAGGCGCCACCAGCACAUAGAACAGAUCCUUCUCCUCCCCCUCUCUCUCUCCAGUUUAGGUGACAUUGACGUGAACUGCGAAAAGAGAGAGGACCGACGCGGUGUCUGCACUACUUUUCUCUACGUCCCUCUUCGUGUGCAUCGUAUGCGGCGCCGGAUAGCGUGCGUGACGCGCCGCUUUUUUUUUUCAACCUUGGUUAACUGUUCUGUUUCAUUGACGGAGUCAGCUAUUAUUUCGUUUCUAUUAUGCCCAAGGCUUUACCUUUUUCGGGUAAACAUUUGUUUUCUGUUUUACAAAGAGUGCUUCCGCAUGUAAGGUUUCGGCGUUACCAUUCAACUUGACUUGUGCAAAGCUUGAGCUACGUAAAAACAAGUGCCGAGGUUGAUUUCAAUACUGACUGCUUUGUGGAGCCGCAAAUUCCUUUUUAUUUUCCCAUCCAUUUCGCUGUCCUCAUCUACUGGCGUCAAAAAGGGCAGUAAAGCUCACCUCCGCUACUCACACCUGCUUCUUUUUUUUUGGUUUACCUGACCAUUUUUUAAUUUGUUUUUAAACUCAUUGAUCAUCAUUGAACGUCAUCAUAUGCACGACAGGGCGAAAAGAUUGGCAGAGUUCGCAUUUGCCGUUUAACCUGUGUAGACUAAUUUCAUUCUGCGUGCUUAUGUACCGAGCAUAUAUGCAUAUUUUGUGUGUAGGUUCUUUUUUUUUCAUUCUUACUCAUACCAGUCCAAACGUGCGCCUCGUCGCGUCUCCGCAAGUGAAAACGUAAGGGACACUUUUAUUUAGCUUCUGCACGGUGCGGCACUUUUUUUUUGUUUCCUUCGCUUCCUUGUGAAUUCAUUUAACGAACAGAAAAGGGCAGCCACACUAUCUGCUUUGCUGUUCCAUCAUCUAGACGACUGCGCGGCUUACUUACCGGUUUCUGAUCGAUCUUAACAAGCACUAUUUUUUUCCUGUUCUCCUCUUUGUUGUUGUGGUGUUUCCCUACUGCACAUCUACCUCGCACCGGUUGGAUUGCAGGUGAGAAGGGACGGCCGAGCUAAAAAACCAUCGCCACAACAAGCGAAGGCAUUCUUUGUGCUUCUCGUAUCCUCUCAGCAACUACUACUGUCGUCAAACUCUUUUCCAUUUCCCUUUUUUGAGCCUUACCGUUGUCGUGUAACGAUGCUGCCGGGCGGUAUGCGCAAGCUCAGCGGGCGGCAGGACUCUUCUUCCUUCUCUCUUCCCGGUGGCGGACUCGGCGGCAGUCCUCGCCACAGAAAGCGUCGCCCCUCCAAGAUCGUGUCCUUCGUCGUCUCGGCGGGGUUUGUGGCGAUGGCGGUGGCGCUCCUCUACCUUCUUUUCUGCCGAUCCGACGCGACGUCCCUCAGCGCACGACGGCGGCCGCGGCCGUCCCCGGUGAGGGUGGAUGAGGUGGUGGAGCAGCUGCACCUCGACGCCGAGCGUCGCCGGCAGCGGGGCGAGACAUGCAGCUCAGCAUCUACGUCUAUGCCACCCACGACGGCGGCGCUGGCCACGCAAUCCCACACAGGGAAGGAGGAAGCGAAGGUUGGCCUGCCCGCUGAUACCGAGACGGCUGCGGCGGUGCAAGCCACUACCCCGCCCAGCACCACCACCACCGUGAAGGCGCCGGCACCCCCGGCGACGGAGGCGGUCCAGUCCGUUGCACCCACACCGGAGGAGAACGGAAAUGGGCAGGGGGAAGAGAACGGGGAUCGAACUCCAGGGGGCGCUGCACAGGAGCUGCACACUCUCACUGGGCAACGCGAGACAGCAGUGCCGCCUGCGGCUGGAGAUGGCAUGUCAGCUCCCACGCCCGCCAGUUCCGCAGAUCUGCGCACCAUCAGUCCGUAUCUGCGCCGCCGAAAGCCAGAGUUUCAGAAGGAAGACGGCGAGUACGCACCGGAGGAGCCGCAGCGCCUGCCUGGGCUUAGAAUCAACCGACGCACCUACACCGCAGACGAGCUGCUGCGUUCCUAUGAGAACACCGACUUCAUUUACAGCUUCGUGCAUGGGACGGAGGCGAACCACAACUACCGCAAAGAGGUCCGGAAAGCGUGCUUGUGGGCAAUUCUGGCGAAGGAGGACGCCGUGUUCGCAGAUCUUGGUGCUGAGGCAGCAACAGACGGAUUCGCCUCCUUCACGUGCACGCCGUCUUUUCUGCACGGCGGCCACGACUCCGUCAAAACACUUGGAGAGCUGCUGCGCAGCGUUCAGCUGCAGUCCCUCCACGGCGCCGACGGCCGCGAUCGCGAGACCGACGAGCUGCGGCACAGCAUUCGCAGUCUGGAGCAGCACGUCCAGUGGCACCGCGGGCGUGUGGUGAUUGUGUCGCCCGGGCACCACCCGACGUGGGUGGACGGCGCGAGGAACUUCCUUGCCGGUGUGUGCGGUGGCGCGGCUGUGCAGGCGCUGCGCUCGCGUGGCACGCAUCUGCGGCUGACGACGGUGCACCAGGACGCGCUGAUGCCGUACGGGAUGCGGCUGACGGCUGACUCGCACGUGAUUGAGCAGCACAUCUGGCGUGUGCGGAACACGACCGCCGUGCACGUGUACAUGAACGACGACUACUUCGUGAACCGCGACGUGGCCAUCACGGACCUGUUCAACGAGUACGGCGGCACCAUUGUGCGGACGGAGGAAGGUUUCCUUCAUGAGGGUGAAGUGGCUGACAAGGGCAUUUCCUGGGCACGAGGUGUGCGUCAUGCACAGCAGUUUAAUAUUCAAGAGCUGGACGUGCAUCACGAAGAUGAUCUUCCAGCGAAGUUGGUGGAGAUGUGGACGACGCUGGGCCGGCUGGAGAAUUCCACCUUCACGGACACCGCCCACAGCUCUCUUCCGGUGCUGAAAGGUUCGAACACGGACGAAGCCGUCGAUGUUGCGCGCCUGUUCCCCGCUGAGCCGAUGCACUCCACGCCUCUGGAGCCGCGACGUCCUCGCCGCUACGCCACCCAUGCCCCCUUUGUGUACUGCACGAACAUGUUCCGCUUCUUAUCGACGCGCUACGAGCGCGAGUUCGCGUCAGCCGCACUGCACCACCGCGCCCGCGUGGCGGCAGACUUGUUUCUGCCGUUCCUCUACAACGCCUUCAUCAUGGCGCGGCCGUGGCAGGCGUCCCCUCAGUUCCUGCCCUACCUGAUGCAGCUGCACCGCAGUCGAGGCCGCACACCCACCGAGGCGCCGCCGUCGCUGUCCAUUUCGUUGGACAACGUUGACGGGUGUGCACCCGCGACUUUGUUGGCGGGACAGGCAUCGAAUGGCUGUGUCUUCGGGAAGUUCUCUGAUGACAUAGCCGAAAAUCAGCGCGUCGUAGACCUCAUUGCCCGCGCAAACCCGCUGUACUUCAACAUCAACGCCGGCUUCAAAACGGUAGCGGAGGCGGAUCACCUUCGCGCCUACUUGCACGAUAAGUUCCCCACCCCGGUGUAUUUGGAGCAGGCACCCGCCACGACUGCGGCAGACCCGGAGGCAGCCGCCGCUGACGGGGACGGGGAGAAGGACGCAACGGCGGCGGCGGCAGCGGCGGCCAACGUGGUGGCGGAUGCGGUGCUGCCACCGCUGUUUGAUGCGCUGAUGGCGCUGCCGGUGGUGGGUGUUGUGUCGUACGAGGAGGGCGUGUGCCCGCUGGUGCGCAGUCUGUCGCUCGCCUUCGCCGGCCACCACCGCGGUCGCGUGCACGUUGCUGUGCAGCGCUACGGAGAUGGCGAGGCCGACGAGACGCUGCGCGAGGCCCGCACGCGGCUGAGGAACCGUGUGAUCAGCGCGACGCCGGUGCUGAAGUGCGCGUACGGCUCAGCGGUGAAGGUGGCGUCCUCCGCCCGUGGAGAGGGCGUUGCGGACGUGGCGAGGCGCGUGCUGCAGGCGAGCGACGGAGCCGGCGUGGUGCUGCCGUCGACGUGCGGUGCCGGGGACGGUGGCGCUGCGGGGCUGCGCGUGCGUGGGUUUGUGAUGGAUGCCCGCACGCCGCACGCGCCUGUGACGAGCACCGCUGCGCUGCGUGCUGCACUGUCGAUGCCCGGGCAGACGCUUGCGUUGGAGGACUUCCGUGCGGUGCGUGUGGGACCGGAUGACCGUGACGUUGUGCUCGUGCUGGCCCGCGAGGACGCCGCGGCGAAGGCGGUGCACUGGAUCGACGGCGCAUCGGAGAAUGAUCUGCUGCUGACGUACCCGCUGCCGCUGGAGGCGUACGAGGACAUGACUGCGGAGCUGCAGUGGUCCCGGCCGUAA